AUGAGUAGGAUUGAUAGAUUUCUCUUAUUGGAUUGCCUUAUUGAAGAUUGGAAGGUGGUAGGCCAAUACAUUGGCGAAAGGGAUGUGUCCGACCACGCUCCUAUUUGGUCGAAAGAUAAUAGAAAGGAUUGGGGUCCCAAACCUUUUAAGUUCAACAAUUUGUGGUUAAAACAUGAGGACUUAAACACCUUUGUGGAGGAGGAAUGGAAUAAGAUUGUUAUCAAAGGAAGAGGUGAUUUUUGCUUGGUAGAAAAGUUAAAAACUCUCAAAAACCGGUUAACUUGGUGGAACAAGAAUGUGUUUGGGUGGAUAGACCUCAAAAUCAACAACGAUGGGAAAGAGUUGUAUUCUUUAGAAAACGUGUUUGUUCAUUUUGCAGGUAAUGUUCCGGAAGAAGUAGUGGCGAAUAGAAUAAAAGUGGCGGAGGACUUUUGGGACAAUAUUAACAAGAGAGAAGGCAUGCUUAGAUUGAAGUCGAGACAACUUUGGCUUUCCGAAGGUGACGACAACACUCGUUACUUUCACAAUUCCUUAAAAGAUAGAAGGAGAAGGAACUCUCUUUGUUCCAUCGCCACACCGGAGGGAAGAAUGGAAGGGGUAGAAGACAUUAAGGAGUUCACUUUCAAGCAUUUUGAAAACUUCUUUAAAGAAGAUAAUCAUCUUAGGCUGGAGCUUAGAGGGAUCAAUUUUAACUCUCUAUCUUCGGAAGAUUCUUUGGUCUUAGAGAAACCUUUCGACUAA